AUGCAUUCAGACUGUUUCAUCAAGAAGGAACAAGAGGCAUGUUUAGACACCAUCCAGAAAAUGACAGCUACUAUGACUUUCAAUGGAUCAUCCCCAGGUUGCGCCGGGAUGUGGGAUAACAUCACUUGCUGGAAACCAGCUUUGGUGGGUGAAGUUGUCUUUGUCAAAUGCCCGGCUCUCUUCACCGUGGUGAACUUAGAUUAUGGCUGGGAUGUGAAUAGCAUGGCGUAUGCACAGCCAGGAGAGUUUGAAACGUUUGAGAAUCCGGAGCAGCUUCAAGAUGGAUCGGUAGAUUUUAAGUUGGUCAGCAGGAACUGCACCCUGGAAGGCUGGACUGAACCAUUCCCACAUUAUUACGAUGCCUGCGGAUUUGAUGAGAACGACACCAUGUCAGGGAACGGCCAGGCUUACUACUACCUGUCUGUCAAGGCUUUGUAUACAGUCGGCUACAGUACAUCCCUUGUUUCGCUCACCACCGCCAUGGUGAUCUUGUGCCGUUUCAGGAAACUGCAUUGCACCCGGAAUUUUAUUCAUAUGAAUCUUUUUGUUUCGUUCAUUCUGCGCGCCAUUUCGGUCUUCAUUAAAGACGGGGUCCUGUAUGCCGAACAAGACAGCAACCACUGUCUUAUCUCGACGGUGGAAUGCAAGGCGGUGAUGGUCUUCUUCCAUUACUGUGUGAUGUCCAACUAUUUCUGGCUGUUCAUUGAGGGGCUGUACCUCUUUACGUUACUUGUGGAAACCUUCUUUCCAGAGAGGAGAUAUUUCUACUGGUACACUAUCAUUGGCUGGGGAACUCCAACCAUUUGUGUCACAGUCUGGGCUGUCCUUCGGCUUCACUUCGAUGACAUUGGAUGUUGGGACAUGAACGACAACACGGCUUUAUGGUGGGUGAUCAAAGGUCCAGUUGUGGCGUCCAUAAUGAUCAAUUUUUUGCUUUUCGUUGGCAUCAUCAUCAUCUUGGUUCAGAAGCUCCAGUCACCAGACAUUGGGGGCAAUGAAUCCAGUAUCUACUUCUGCGUUCAGAAAUGCUACUGUAAGUCCGAGAGGACUAACCAGCAUUCUUGUAGGAUGGCUGAACUAUCCAUCAUCACCCUGCGGUUGGCCCGAUCCACCUUGUUACUCAUCCCUCUCUUUGGGAUUCACUAUACGGUGUUUGCCUUUUAUCCAGAGAAUGUCAGCAAAAGGGAGCGCUUGGUUUUUGAACUGGGGCUGGGCUCCUUCCAGGGUUUUGUGGUGGCUGUGCUCUACUGCUUUUUGAAUGGGGAGGUGCAAUCCGAAAUCAAAAGAAAAUGGCGGAGCUGGAAAGUCAACCGUUAUUUUGCUGUGGAUUUCAAACACCGCCAUCCCUCCCUGGCAAGCAGCGGCGUCAACGGGGGGACUCAACUGUCUAUCUUGAGUAAGAGCAGUUCACAGAUCCGGAUGUCCAGCGUCAACGCCGAGAACCUGGCCACAUGA